CUGGCUGUAAGCCUUCACCGAGGGGGGCACGGGGGGCAUUCUGGCGUCCCGGUGAUAAGGAGAGCACCUCGCGCCCGGCCACCACGGCCGCUCGCCGUUGCCUUGGAGUCACCACUGCAGACCAGAGCAGAUUUGUGCUGCGGACCACGCGCACGCAACCGCCGACACCAUGUCCUUCUUUAGGAGCGUCCUCGCCCAGAUGAUCAUCUGUGGCUGUAUUGCCUUGCUGGGUCCCGGUCUCUGGAAUGCCAAUAACUCGCUGGGCGCCGGCGGGGCGCUGGAGCCGUACCUGGUAAACGCGGCCAACUCCAUCGUGUUCGCGCUCAUGGGCUUCUUCGCCAUCCUGUCGCCGGUGCUGGUCAACUUGAUCGGGCUCAAGCAGACGCUGAUAGUAGGAACGAUCGGGUGGGCACCAUAUUCUGCCACGUUGUACGUCAACAACCGCUUCGGGAUCGAGUGGCCCGUGAUCCUCGGCGCCGCCAUCGACGGCGUCAGCGCCGGCUUCUACUGGGCGGCCGAGGGCGCCAUCAUCCUGUCAUACCCGGAGCACGCGAGGCGGGGCCGCUACCUGGCGCUCUGGCUCGCCUUCAAGAACGGCGGCCAGAUGAUAGGCGGCGCCAUCAACCUGGGCCUCAACGCCGCCACCGCCGUGGCCGGCAAGGUGUCGUGGGUCACGCUCCUGGUCUUUGUGUGCCUGCAGUCGCUGGCCCUGCCCAUCGCGUUUUCGCUCUCGCCGCCGCACAGGACGGUGCGGUCGGACGGUACCACCAUCGUCGUCGACGCCCGCACCUCGGCGGCCGAGCAGCUGCGGCGCAUCUGGCGCACCGUCUCGACGCGCCAGGUCGGCCUGAUGCUGCCCAUCUUCUUCUCGUGCUGGUUCUACUGGGGCUACGCCUCCACCUUCCUGACGCUGUACUUCACCGUGCGCGCCCGCGCCCUGGCCUCCUUCCUCUCCGCCAUCACGGGCACCCUAGCCUGCGUUAUUUUUGGCUACUUCCUCGACUCACCCAGGCUGUCGGUGCGGACCCGGAUCCGGUGGGGGUUCUUCAUCUCGUGCGUGCCCUUCACCCUGAUAUGGGUCUGGGUCAUGGUGGUGCAGCACGAGUACACCGAAAAGCACCCGGGCGCGCUCGACUGGCUGAGCCCCGGGUUCGGGCGGGGGUUCGGCAUCUACAUCAUGCUCAACACGCUAGGCAACGUGGUACAAAACUAUUUAUACUUCCUGGUCGGUACCAUCGGCGAGGGCACGUCGGAAAUGAGCAGGCUCACGGGCCUUCUCAGGGGCGUCGAAAGCUGGGGGCAAUGCGCCUCGUUUGGCAUCAGUAGCAGCAAGUUCAAUCUUUUCCACACCACCAUCAUCAACGUGGUAUUCUGGACCGUUAGCUUGGUCCCGGCCUUUUACGCCAUCUGGGAGGUGCAGGACCGGAAGCGGGCGGGGUCCGAGUCGGAGCUGGAGCCGCGGCCUGCAGAGCCCGCUGCAGUAGACGAGAAGGUUGAGAAGGCAUAAUGUCGCAAUAUUGGCUCGAGCAUGCCGUUUUCAUGGGGCUACUCGGAGGGAUAGACGGAUGGGCGGGCCAAUGGCGCGGGAUGGCGUGGCAAAUGCAACAGCCUCUUGGGCGUGGUGGUGGUGGUGGUGGCUCGCGCUUUGGACGGGGUCGAUAUCAGAUGGUUGAAAUGCAAGGGAGCAAAAUGCAAGGGAGCAGCAGCAAUCAAACUGCAACCACGACGGGCGUAGUGACCGACAGCUCGGGACCGGGAUAGGUCUCUGCGCGGACGGGUAAUCAGCCCUUUCUAAAAAUAGGACACUGUCUCCCUUCCAUGGAACCAAGGUGUGGACGCAAGCGUCCGUCCGGGAGGAGGGAGAAGUCGUGAAAAGGCCGCCAGACUGGUCUGGGCUGGCGUGACACGCGUGGCUGCCCGGAAGCUGGCUCGCCUAACCGCAACGCUUUGGGACUGCCA